GAUGCCGUGUGACCAGCAGCACUCAGUGGAGAAACCGUCCAUCGCACCGCCGUCUGCACGCCAGCACUGCAAAAAUAAAACCCAAACGAUGACAUUCUUACAGAUACGACACAAGCAAACAAUCAUUUGACAACUUCCGACCCCGCACCUUGCCUUCGCCGCUCCUUGCUGUAAAGUGCCCUCCUCCAACUUUCCGGCCCCUAAGUCCAGCAGGACCAUGAUGCUCAGCAGCACUUCCGUGGAGGUGCCCAGCCCAGGCGGGAUGAGCGGCCUUAGCGGGUUGAGUGCGGCGGCCCGGAAUGUGGUGCGAUCCUCCAGCAUCUCAGGGGCCAUGUACAGCCUGGAGAAGAGUCCCGGCAGCGGGGGCGCAGACUCCGCAUCGCUGGCUGGCAACAAGAAGCGGCGCUCCAGUCUGGGCGCCAAGAUGGUGGCCAUUGUGGGACUGUCGCAGUGGAGCAAGAGCACACAGCAGCUCAACCAGCAAGAAGGUGGAACCAAGAAGCUUCGCAGCACCAUCCGACGGAGCACAGAGACCGGCAUCGCAGUGGAGAUGAGGAAUCGAGUGACACGGCAGGGCAGCAAGGAAUCAACUGACGGCAGCACCAACUCUAACAGCUCUGAUGGAACGUUUGUCUUCCCUACUACACGCCUGGGGCCUGAGAGCCAGUUCAGUGACUUUCUGGAUGGACUAGGCCCUGCUCAGAUUGUAGGCCGGCAAACACUAGCUACACCCCCCAUGGGGGAUGUCCAUGUAGGCAUGGUUGACAGAGGAGGGCAGCUGGAGGUGGAGGUCAAUCAGGCCAGAGGGUUGACCCCCAAACCGGGCUCCAAGAGCAUACCAGCGACCUACGUGAAGGUGUACGUGCUGGAGAAUGGCAUGUGCUUGGCCAAGAAGAAAACCAAAGUAGUGAAGAAGAAUCUGGACCCCACCUACCAGCAGGCUCUGUUGUUUGAUGAGAGUCCUCAGGGUAAAGUGCUACAGGUAAUAGUGUGGGGAGAUUAUGGGCGUAUGGACCACAAGUGCUUCAUGGGAAUGGCCCAGAUCCUUUUGGAGGACUUGGACCUGUCUGCCACGGUCAGUGGCUGGUACAAGCUGUUCCCUACCUCCUCUCUGGCAGAUCCUAGCAUCGGACCCCUCACCAGACGCCUCUCCCAGUCCUCCCUGGAGAGCGCCACCAGCCCCUCGUGCACCUAGACACCCAGUAGACACCCACAGGCACAGGCAGAGUCAUGCAGACAUGGACACACGUACUGUAUAUACACAACGACUGUAUUUGAAGAAGACAGGUAGACAUACACACACACAUAUACAGUAUACCCAUGUACAUCUGUGCAGGAAGACACAUUUGACAUACAUAUCUCAUCCACAUGAAUACACACAGUGACAUGCUGCCAUAUCUGAUACUGGACAUUACCCAUGACGUCCAUAUUCUCACCCAAGGAUCAGUGUUUUUUAGUUGAAAAAGAAAAAAAAAACAUUUAGUAAAUCCAACUUGAAGUACACAUAAUUUACCAGAACAUGUAGCAUUUUUCACCCUCCCAUUUCAACGUUUCCCACCAUGACACAAUGACCCACCGGGUGCCAUAUUCUGCAUUCCAAGGUACCAUAUUUCCAUGCACAACUCAUCCCAAGGCCAUCCCGAUGCCAGUUUCUAAACUCUCUAUGCCAAACUAAGAAAAAAACACUUUAUUUUUUAAAACCAAAGCAAUUGUUAUUGUUGUUAUUAUUACUAUAAGUAGUAGGUGAACUAGUAUACAAUAUAAAGUAUGGAUAUGUAGCAGAGUCAAUGACUUAGAUGUAAUGCAAAAAAAGAAGAUACAUUCUACACACACGAGCAGAGAACAGUAGGCCAAACACAUAAACGUACCUGGGCAACAGGCUUGGAUAUUCACAUAAUGGCUAUUAUGUGAGGUAGCAACACUGCUAUUCUAUAAUUUUCCCAGGGCAGAGUUUAUAUAUAGAUAUACAUAUAUAUAUAUAUAAAUAGAUAGUUAAAUACUUAUUUGUGUUUAUGUAUGUAUUGGCUGCAUUCUGCAUGUUUGCUUGCAACCCUUGUAGAGAAAUUUUAAAGUGCUUAAAUCUUUUUAUUUAGCUUGACCAAUGUAACGGGAGUAAUAGUGCCGCUUUAUUUUGCAGUCCGUCCUGAGAAAAGAGCACUGCACUGAGUUAGGGAGAAAGAUUGGGGUGAUGGGGGAAGAGCGCUAUCAUCGCCAUCUGCAGAAGAAGAGAGCAAAUUAGUCAGCCAGCUACUCAUUCGCUGAUGAACACAUUUCUAAUCCUGCCUUCGUCUUUAGAGCAUAAAAAGGACUGUUGUACCGCACAGGGCACUCAGCACAAAACGCGUUCUGGGAAAUGUGUCCUGCUUCUUGUCUGGGGUUCUUGUGCUUCUCAUUUAGGGGGCGCCACAGUCUCACUCUCUCUCCGUAUAUACCAGCACCUAGACUUGUUUGAACUUACUGUUGAUCCCUCCCCGCCCCCCGUUGCGAUGUCAUCUUUUUUUACACUCUCAAGUCUCUCACACAGGCAAACAUGCGCACAGCUGGUACUACAACCUUUAACCGUACUACUUUCUCUAUUGGUCACACCGACUGUAACUUGUUGUAAAUGUGUAAACUUGUAUUUCAAGUUUUUUUUUUUUUUUUUGAUAUCUGACUAUUUAUGCCAGUAUUACUUUGCUAGCAGGGUGAUUGUUAACCUGCCAUGUACGGUAGUUUUACUUGUUUCAGGUGCAAUAUGUCACUCUUCAUAUUUCCUGUCAGGCAGUGUGUUUGUGUUGAAGAUGGCACUUUACUGUAAAAUAUGUAUUAUGUUUGAAUUACAAAUGUGCAGUGGUUGACCACCUGUUUUAUUUAUUUAAAUUUUAUUUGGUCACACUGCAGCAUUCACAUCUGAAUCUUUUAAUUGAAUGCCAGCAUGGAAAUGUAACUUUUUAUGAGUCUAUUUUGAAUUUGAGGCCCACUAGGACAGCUGAAACAGGUCAGUUCUCUCACUGAUGUUAAACCUAAAUCACAUUUAGAUCUUAAAAAAACGUAUGACUUUUGGCCUUUUUCUUGCAUUUGAAAACACAUACAAUGUGAGACUAACCUGUCGGCUGUUCAAGUAAAAUGUGCAAUGAUUGAGAUUUCAUUGAUGGCAAAGGAGCAGCAGAGCAAACUGAGCUACUGGUGUUUACUGUUUUCUUUAAGAUGAUAAUUAUCAUCUUUUUCUUCAGUGGCUUUUGAAUUAGUCUGUCUUGAGACCAUCACCAAACCAUGUUUAUGGAUAAAGACAGUAGAGUUUCAGUAGUAUUAGGGGAUAUGACAGUCUCAAUCUAUAGGCUAUUAAAAGCUUUUGUUUGUUUACGAGCUCAGAUCUGGUUUUAUCACCACCAUAUGUCCUGUCGUCUGUUAAGGACUGUGUAGCUCAAUCUUAUCGUCAUCUUUCUACAAAAAGGGAAACUCUGAGGCAUUUUGUCUUCCCGGCAUCUCAGAUCAACAGAAUUCACAUUUCAACGCUCUCUGAACUUUGGAUAAAGGGAUCUCUGGCAUUCUUGAAUUUCUUUGGGAGGAUGGCGAUGGUCAUUUUUGACCCUCCUAUCAUGUAUACAGGCCUUUUUAGAAGAGCCAUCGAGGUCUGGGUUCCAAUUUCUUCGUACGUUUUGGAGCUAUUCCUUGCUGGGUCUGUAUCUGUAAUGGUCAUGUAUAUUAAGUAAUUUUAUGUACCUUAUUAAUUUGUAUCUAUCUAUUUUUGUGGACAGCUGGCAUGAUGUAAAAAUAAGGACUUAUACUCUUGGUAUUUGCACACAUUCUCUUCGGUGCGCGCCUUUUGUGAAGACAAAAAAAGCUUGGUUGACUAGAGAGAAAAUAAAUGGAAAAAAAAAUAGAAAGAAAUCAUAAAGAAAUCCCUAGACUUGUAUAACAUCCCUGCUGAAUGUUUAGUCCUUGGUAAACUCUUUAAAAAUACUGUUAAUAUUUUUCCAUGUGAUUUCCAAUAUUUUGGAGCUUAUGAGACUGUAUAUGUCCCUUUGCCGUAUAUUAAGUAGCCCUGAACAUUAACAGUUCUAAUCAUUGGAAGUAGAGGAAAAGAGAAUGCAAAGAGUUAUAUAAUUAUACGAUAAGAGGGGUUUUUAUUGAGAGCAGAAAGCAUUUGCCAAAUUUUGAUUCCUGCAACCAAAAGGAAAGCUGCAACUUUGCCUUUCUUCAAAGUGUAGUAAGGGUGUAUGUCUUUCAUUGAGGUGCAUUUAUUGUACUGCAUGAUAAUGAGUGGGAGGGCAGCAAGAUAUGAGUGAGUGAGAGAUUUCAAUGUGCAGAUAUUUAUAAAAACACUCAAGUUGUGGACCACAGUGAAGAGAAUUUAAGGAUCAGGGUUUUCAGAUAUGAACAUUAACACCUCCCAUUGUGGCAUUUUACCAUAGAUUAGAAAGAAUUUGCUGUAGUAUCACAUGAUUAUCAUAGUAUUGUCUCGUGGUCAUUUUAUUUAUUUUGACACAGACUCUCCUGUUUUUAAGUGAGUUGAAAAGGGAUUCUUAUAGAGAGGUUGAAGCCUCACAAGCAGCAGGGAAGAGUCACAGCAGGUCGUCUGAGAGUCUUUGUGGUUUUGUGAACCUGAGUAGACUUGUAAAUGUGAAGGUAGAUGCAUGCAAGCAGGUGAGCAAAAUUGUUGGAUUUAUCAAAGUGUCGAUUACAGACGCUUAGGAGCAGUUUAUGGGAAACAGCACGGAGCAUGUAGAGCUUGGUAAACAAUGUUUCAGAUAGGUGAAGAUAGUAUUGGCUUGAGUUAGACCGUAUCUCAACAUGACUCAGCUGAGGUUUGAAUGUAAAGGCUGUGGAUGCGUGGAAUGUAAACCCAUAUGCUUGCUUGCUUCCAUGUUAAGAUCCUCGUUGAGCAUUCUCCAACCCAAUUUUAUUGCAAAACUUUUAUAAUGUAUCUUCAAUCAACCUGAAUCGUCUCUUGAGUGCUAUGUUGAAAAUGUAUUUUAUUUUUGUAAGGAGAGAGGUAUUAUUGUGAGAAGGAGGAGAGGGAGUCAGAGAAGCGGCGUGGGUAAAACCUGCCUUUAGAUUUUCGUGAAAAUGAGGGCUUGUUCGGUUUACAAUGGCCUUAUUUUGUGUAGGAGACAUUGCUUCACUAUUGUAGCACACAACUGAAAGUUUUGACAAAUGUAUUUUGCUUGAAAUAUUGUACUGAAGUUAUAUAUGUGUAUAUGUAUAGUUUUAUGAAUGUAUUUCUUAAUCCUUACACCAGAACUGAGUGUAAUUUUUUUGUCAUCUUGUUUGCUAUACCGUCUCUUUGAAGACUUUCCAGGGACUUUGCCUGCAUUGGUUCAGGUAUCCCCUACUUUUACUGUACUGUAUACUGUAUGUCUUAUUCUUUGUGUGUUAAAAGAACAGCUCUGUGGUUGAAACAAGCAUGAACUCUGUCGGGUGAAAUGCAUUUUUAUUUAUUUAGAUCGCCACGAUGGGUUUCCAACAGAAAAGAUUGCUAUUUCCCCCACUUGCACCGAGUAACUUAUCGAUUUAGCUUUCAAACUGGUGGAAUUGUUCAGAUUUUUGUACUUUGAACUCGGAAAUGUUUGCAGCAUGGUUACUCUGAUGAUUUUCUUGUAUUUAAUCUUUAUGAUGGUAUGAUUAUGGUGAUAAUAAUUAUGAUAAUAACAAAUGAUGAGUAAGUCAAUUUAACCCAGUACACUUUGAUUGAGAUGCAAACAAAUUGUCAAAAACUGCUGUAUCUUAAAGUAGCAUGGACUUAGCCUUCCAUUUUCUGAAGUACUUCUUCUGGCAAUAACCAUUGGCUGUAGCCUCUACUGUUGCUGGAGCCGUCACUCCUGGCCUCGGCCUCUUUCACACUCAUUGUUGGGGUCGUGGCAACCUAAUGCUGAAUCUGUAUCAGCUCACUAUAAUGA